AUGUCGAGCGCAAAUCAACUCUUUCUUCUCGCAGACCAUAUAAAGCUCUCGCUCCUUGAGCGACAGCGGGCAAAGAACCUCAAUCUUGAAGGCGACUCCCAGGAUGGCCACAUCUCACGCUCUUUUGACCAGUUCCGCGAUGGUUUGAUCAGCCUCCGCGAAGAAGAGCAACGGCUAACCGAAGCUGGCGAUGCAACUGCCGCAUCAAACCUCACGGAUUCUAUCUCUUCGCUCCAAAAACAACUCGAUGACCUCACGACCCAAUUCCAGGGCCACCCCUCCUCCUCAGCAACCGAAACCCUCACCCAUCCUAACUCGGAGGAGCUCGCCGACGACUUUGAGCAUGCAGCUUCUACAUCGCCGACCUCGCGGAAGCCGAAGACAGUUCGAUUUAGCGAUACCCCCCCUUCCCCGUCCACGGAGCUUUUUGGACGCUAUCGUGAUGAUCCCGAGGACAGCGCAGGGUACCAGGAUGAGGCCCAGGGAAUGAACAACCAGCAGCUUCACCAGUAUCACGCUCAGAUUCUCGAACAACAAGAUGAGCAGCUUGAUCGCCUGGGUGAGUCUAUUGGACGUCAGCGCGAACUUAGCAUGCAAAUCGGCGACGAGCUUGAUAGCCACGUUGCUAUGCUUGAUGAGGUUGAGGCUGUUACCGACCGCCAUCAAAGCCGGCUGGACCGCGCAAGCAGAAUGCUUGGAAAGGUUGCCCGCGGAGCAAGCGAAAAUAAGCAAAUGACAACCAUCUUGGUUCUCAUCAUUAUUCUUGUGCUCCUUAUCGCCAUCCUGAAAUGA